GCGCUGGGAGACACGGGCACAGCCGGGAGAUACUGGGAGCGCUGGGAGCUCUGGAAGCUGCCAGGAGGAACUGGGAGUCACGGGGGCCACUGGGAGACACUGGAGGAACUGGGAGUCACGGGGGCCACUGGAAGUCAUACGGACGACUGGGAGGUGCCCCCAGAGCCAUGAGGACCCUCCUGCUGCUGUGGGUGGCCCUGGCCGGCGUGGGGGCCCGGCUGCCCUGUCCUCAUGGGGGACCCUGCCCCGUCACCCCGGCCCUCCCUGCUCGCAGUGCUAUGGGAUGCCAGGACAGCUCAUCCUGCCUUGCCAGCUGCCAGCUGCCAGAGAGUGUCCCCUGUGCGGGGGGCCACCGCUGCUGUCCCCGAGGGUCCCACUGCAGCGCUGAUGGGGAGUCCUGUGUCACAGACCUGGCCCCCCUUGCUGUCCCCUGUCCUGAUGGCCAGUCCGAGUGUCCCGACGAUGCCACAUGCUGUGUGACGAGCAGCGGUGCCUGGGGCUGCUGCCCCAUGCCCCAGGCCUCGUGCUGUGCUGACAAGGUGCACUGCUGUCCCCACGCCACCAUCUGCGACCUGACCCGCGGGCGCUGUGUGUCCCCUGCCGGUGACACCGAUGUCCCCCUGGGCACAGCCUUCCCCGCCUGGAAGCGCCAGCCCCCCGCCCCAGUGGCGCUGCGCCAGGUGCUGUGUCCCGAUGGCCGCUCGGCGUGUCCCGACGGGGCCACCUGCUGCCAGCUGUCCCCAACGCAGUACGGCUGCUGUCCCCUGCAGAACGCCGUGUGCUGCGGUGAUGGGCAGCACUGCUGUCCCCAGGGCACCACCUGUGACCUGACCCACUCCACCUGCACCUCCCUGGGGGGCUCUGCCCCCCUGGCAGCACUGCCCACAGCUGGUGACGUCAAGUGUGAUGAGUGGACGAGCUGUCCUGAUGGGAACACAUGCUGCAGGCUCAGCUCUGGGGCCUGGGGGUGCUGCCCUCUCGAGCAGGCCGUCUGCUGCCCAGACCACGUGCACUGCUGCCCCCAGGGCUACACCUGUGACCCCGAGGGGGGCAGCUGCUUGCAGGAGGAGGGCACCCGCCGGCCCUGGGUGCAGAAGACCCCAGCGCUGCCCCGGGGGGGACAGGUGACAUCAGGGAAUGUCAUUUGUGAUGAGACGAUGAGCUGUCCUGACGGGACCACCUGCUGCCGGAUGAGCCUGGGCACCUGGGGGUGCUGCCCCUUCAGCCAGGCCGUCUGCUGCCCCGACCUCGUGCACUGCUGCCCCCAGGGCUACACCUGCGACCCCGAGGGGGGCAGCUGCCUGCAGGGGGAGGGCACCCGCCGGCCCUGGCUGCACAAGACCCCGGCACUGCCCCACGGGGGACAGCUGACAUCGGGGAAUGUCAAAUGUGAUGAGAAGACAAGCUGUCCUGAUGGGAGCACGUGCUGCCGGCUGAGCCUGGGCACCUGGGGGUGCUGCCCCCUUGAGCAGGCCGUUUGCUGUGGGGACCACAAGCACUGCUGUCCCCGAGGCUACACCUGCAACAUGGCCACUGAGAGCUGUGAGAAGCUGCUGGUGCCCACCCCUCUGCUUCCAACCCCCUCUGCCCCCCACCGGGCACCCCCCGUCCCACUGCGAGCCGCUGGCACCCACCCGGGUGGCCUCGUGCCCUGCGGUGCCACUGGCUCCUGCCACGGGGGCCAGCGGUGCUGCCAGGCCCGGGGAGGCUCCUGGGGGUGCUGCCCCUUUGCCCAGGGUUCCUGCUGCUCCGACGGCCGCCACUGCUGCCCAGCGGGGUCCCGCUGCACCGGGGGGGGCUGGGGGUGCAGCUCCCAGCGCUGGGACCUGCUCUGAUGGCAUGGGGACACCACCACCACUACCACCCCAAUAAACGGUUUCUAGGAGAAACUCAA